AUGCAACGCAACGAGGCGGAGGCCGAGUGCGACGCGAAGGCGCCGCUGCUGCCCGCGGAGGGCCCCGGUGCGCCGCAUCGCGUGGCCGAUGGCGCCGAUGCCCAUGAGGCCAUCCCGUUCCUCGACUCGCCAAGCUACACGGUGCUGUUGCAGACGGGCCUCCUGACGGCUCGGUUCCGCAAGCCCAACCUGGAGUCGCUGGACCUGAUGCCCGCCAACACCAGCAAGUCGAAGAACUUCUGCAGCCGGACGGCCAUGUGCCUGAUGAUCCCCCUCCUGGGCGGCUGCUGGUACGACGCCAUGAACAUGCACUUCUUCGUGCCCGCCGGCUGCGUCCAGAGGCUUCAGGACGGCAAGGGGGAGUACCACCUAGCGGGGCCGGGCCACCACCGGGUGAUGGGCUACUUCUGGACGCGCGUUGGGGUGCCCACGCGCAUCGUGGACGGCGUCCAGCACGGCGACCGCACCGUGGUGGUGGUGGAGCAGGGCAGCGUGGGCCUGGCCUGGGACCUGGGCCAGCCCAUGCUGCUGCCGCCGGGCGUGCACGAGUGGCGGAGCGAGACGUUGCGGUUCGAGAGGUGCAUCAGCCUUGACAACCCCGUCAUCGCGGUGGGGCCGUACACGCUGGUCACCGUGGACGAUGGCUACGCGGCCAUCACGCUCAACAACGGCAAGCUGACGAUUCUGCCUGGAGGCUCUGUGCAUUUCUUGGACCAUCGCAACUGGAAAUUCCAGAAGUUCAUCACCCUAAAGAUGCAGACAGACAACCUGGAGAAGAUCAUGGCCACCACGGCCGACAAUGUGAUCGUCGCCGUCACGUCCACCGUCAACUGGCGCAUCAUCGACGUGGAGACGGCCUCUCUGAUGGCCAUUAAGACGUUGUAUGUCGGUGAGAGGGAGGGGAGCCAUGCGGCAGACAUCAAGAAGCUGCAAAAUGACAUCAUGAAGCAAGCCGAAGCGUCGCUGGCCUCCUUCAUAGGGUCGGUGAACUACAGCGACACAUUCCACGUGGCGGCUGCUGCGCAGGCGGCAGCAUCAACAUCGGUUGGUGUUCCAGUGCCUGGUCAGGAGAAGCACGCGGAUAUCAGCGACAAUCCCAUCUUUGACAAGAAGAUGAUGAAUUCGGCGGUGCACCAUGCCAACGAGGUCACGAAGCUCUAUGGUGUAGAGAUCAUAUCCAUCAACAUCAUCAGUGCCAAUCCUGUGGACAACAAACUGACUGUCGCGCUGUCAUCGGGAGCGGUCGCGUCUGCCGAGGCUCUACAGUCGGAAACGGCGGCAAGGGCCAAUGCCAAAGCCCAGUUAAUCGAGGCGAAGACGGCAGCGGCGAAUAGGCUCAAAGAGGCCGAAGCGGAGGCCGAUGCCCUCCGCAUGGAAGCUAGAGGCGCAGCUGAUGCGACGCUCAUCAAAGCCAAGGCGGAGGCUGAGGCGGAGAGACUUCGAGCGGCAGGCGCCAAGGACGCAGCAGAUCUCCUGGCGUCAUCUGACGUCGCCGUGGACUUGGCCAAGAUGGACAAAGCGGGGGUGGUGAUGGGAGACAGGAGCAAGUUCUUUUUCGGCCAAGACCCAGGUUAUUUCGCGAAAAUCAUGCUGCGGGAAGUGGAAUGA